UUGCAGUUGCGGUAGUCGUAGCGUAGCGGUAGCCGUAGCGGUGACGGGUGCUGUGAUCAAAACGCAGAUCAUCUUUCCCAAUUCAUUUACGGUUUUUGUUUAUUGAAUCGCCUCAAAAUGGAGUGCCUCCUUGGACUAGCCUGCAAAGAUUUUGCAAUUAUUGCUGCUGAUCAGACAAACGCCCAUAGUAUUAUUGUCAUGAAUAAUGAGGAGAACAAGCUAUUCAAAAUCUCCAACCACAUGGCCAUGGGAAUCACUGGAGAGUCUGGAGAUACCACCCAGUUUGCUGAAUUCAUUGCAAAGAAUAUUCAGCUGUAUAAGAUGCGUCACGGAUAUGAGCUGUCACCUUCAGCAGCAGCUAACUUCACUAGGAAGACUCUUGCUCAGCACCUACGGAGCAGUACCCCUUACAUGGUCAACAUGCUGCUUGGUGGUUAUGACACAAAUUCAAAGGAAUCAGGAUUGUAUUUCAUCGAUUACUUGGGUUCCUUCCAAAAAGUCCCCUUUGCGACUCAUGGAUAUGGUGGUUUCUUCUGCAUGGGUAUCAUGGACCGCUUCCAUCGUGAAGACAUGACGGUUGAUGAGGCAUAUGAUGUUCUUAGAAAGUGUGUUACCGAAAUUCACAAAAGACUCAUUGUCAAUUUGCCAAAUUUCAAAGUGCAAGUGAUUGACAAAAAUGGAAUUCGUGAUUUAGAGCCCUUGACUGCUAAGAAACUCCAAGCUCCACAAUGAUUUCAUCUACUUUACUUUGAAAAAGUGAAGAAAAGUUUAACUGUAAUAAGUGUUAAGGAACCAUUUUUGAAAAAAAAAAUAAACUUAUAGGAAAGUAAAAAAA